AUGACCUGAGUGCUUUUGAUCUGCAAGGGGCUGAACUUCUUCUAACGCCUACUUCUAUACUUGUCAGCUUUCAGGAGUUAAUCUCGUCUUUGUCUUUGCAAGAUGUCUGUGAGAACUCUCCCCCUGGUUUUCAUUAAUCUUGGUGGAGAGAUGCUUUACAUACUGGACCAACGGCUGCAGGCUCACAACACAUCUGAGGACAAUUCAGAGAAAGGAGUGUGGUCAGAAAAUGACAGAAAAAGAGUUCUGAAUGACAUAGUUGGGACCAUGUUUAGUAAAGCCUUUAUGGAUGAACUUCUCAAACCUCAGCAGCUGUAUUCUCACAGGACAAUGAAAACAGUGCUAACUCGAUUAGCGCACGCCUCCAUCAUGAGGUUGAACCCGGCCAGCAUGGACAGGCUUUAUGAGCUGAUGGUCAUGGCCUUCAAAUAUCAGGUCUUCCUUUGUCCACGGCCAAAAGACUUGCUGCUCAUCUCUUACAAUCACAUAGACACCAUCAGGGAACUUGUAAAAGACACUCCUGUGGUCGUACAUCAAGUGGAAGAGACACAUAGGAAGAUCAUUGAGGUUUACUCACCUUUAUCAGAGGGUGAAUUCCAGCUUCUUAGACAAACACUGCUCAUAUUUCUUCAAGACAUGCAUGUUCGCGUGUCACUUUUCCUCAAAAAUCUAGUCCAGAAACCCAACGGACGUUUUGCUCUGUCGACAUCAGGCCCAGUUCCUCAUGGGACAGAUGUUCCAGGGCUUAUUAGGACGUUUGACAGAAAGGGCAGAGAAGUGAGACGCAGUGAGUUCCCUACAGGAGGAAGUUACACCAGCCCCAUCAGAGAGGGAUCUUUUGAACUGCAUGGAGACCGAGUCAUCAGGCUGGGUUUGAACAUAUACACUGUGAAGCAUCCAGAGGAAACACACACAUCCAAGGCCCCCUCUGUCAAGACAAACGACACCCCCAACCUGCUGGCCAAAGAGGAGCUUAACCUGCUGGCUCGUCUGAUGGGCAGCAUGAAGGCCGAGAACAUACCCAAAGCUGAAACUGGCUUUCAGAUAAACCUGUUUACUACAGACCAAGAGGAGGAGGAGGAGGCGGGAGCUUCAGGUGGAGCUGAGGAGUCCAUGUUUGGAGUGAUAAAUAUUCAAGCAAUGCAGGAUGAACAGGCUGCAUCUGCGCUGGCUCAAAUCGCUGGAGAAUUUGCUGAACGCGAGCAGCAGCCUGAAAAUCCCAGCAGCAACAAAGGAGACGACCUGUUGGCCAUGAUGGACGACCUCUGACUCUGUUGUGUUGUUUCAAUAAGAUGGUCAGACAUAUUUAAUGUUUCAACUUUACUGACUAACUCUCUCGAGUCUUUAUCACAGGUAACAUCACAUUAUCUGUCAUGGAAGCUUCUGUUUAAUCUGUAAAAUAUGCAGUUGUUUAACACUGAAGUAGAUUACAGAAUGAGAUAAAUAACCGGUGACUCAUACUGUACGACUCAUAUGAGACAAAAACCUAUAUUGUAUUCACCUAUGUUUUUAAUUAGUAGCACUUGGAUGGUACUUGGAAAAGUAUCACAUCAAUGGACCACAAAUUGUAAGAACUA